GGUGCUGUUGGAAGCUGAGAGGAAACGAAGCUCUGGCUUUCUGGUUUAGGGCAUUGGCAUUACUCUUGGCACCGCGAUAGCUUGAUGCUUAUGCCACACUCUCCGUGGGCAAUUGUGUAGUGAAUUUGUGUAGUUUAAUUGUGAAGUAACAGCCAGAACAAGUGAAAGAAGAGAGGGCAAAGGUCAAUGAAUGGUGUUGGGUUACUUGACCGUGUUGUCUGAAGCAAACUCUUCUCUUUCUGCGAAAGAAAAUAAAAUAUCCCUUUGAAAUUAAGCUUAGCAGAUAGUGCAGUUGGCGGCGAAGAUCUGGGGAUCUUAGUGGACUCAAUUAGAUCGUCUGAAUGUUUGGAGUUCCGGGCUGCUGUUCCUGUCUCUGCUGCAACUGCUAGGGUUUUCGAUUCCUGUAUAUUGCAAUAUUACUUUGUUAGCCGAUGAGUACCAAACGCGCCUACAAGCUACAGGAAUUUGUGGCCCAUGCUUCCACUGUUAAUUGUCUCAAAAUUGGAAGGAAGUCAUCCAGGGUUCUUGUAACUGGAGGAGAAGAUCACAAGGUCAAUCUUUGGGCUAUUGGUAAACCUAAUGCAAUACUGAGUCUAUCAGGACAUACAAGUGGAAUAGAUUCUGUAAGUUUUGAUUCCUCCGAAGUUUUGGUUGCCGCAGGAGCUGCAAAGUGGUACUAUUACUCUGGGACUUAG